ACCGAAGGAAGCCAGGCGAUUCUCCGAGCAGCCAGAGCGGGAAAUCUGCAAAAAUUACUGGAGGCAAUUGACCUGGCUGGCGUCAACAUAAAUAGUUCGAAUGCGGUUGCAUGUUUUUCCGAGUACUACGCCAAUUCGGAGGUGUCCUGCCUUGGACUUGGGAACGGUCUUACCGCCCUGCACCUGGCCUCCAAGGAAGGCCACACGGAGAUAGUUCGUGAACUCCUGCUUCGCGGCGUGGACGUCAACCGACCCACAAAAAAAGGCAAUACUGCGCUUCAUAUCGCGAGCUUGGCAAGCCAAUUUGAAGUAGUGAAGUUGCUACUGGAACACGGUGCCGACGUGAAUGUCCAAUCGCAGACUGUCCUUAUACCCUCUCAUACUUUCCGUUUCAUCGCCCCCUCCUUUCCGCAGAAUGGUUUCACUCCGCUGUACAUGGCAGCCCAGGAGAAUAAUUUAGAGGUUCUGACUCUGCUGUUGGCCAAUGGAGCUAAUCCAGGCAUUACUACUGACGACGGCUUCACGCCCCUCGCCGUGGCCAUCCAACAGGGUCACGAGCGCGUUGUGGCUGUCUUGCUGGAGAGCGAUGCUAGAGGCAAGGUCUGUCUGCCCGCCCUUCACAUUGCCGCCAAAAAAGACGAUGUCAAGGCCGCCAGCCUGCUGUUGAAUGGAGAUGUGAAUGUGGACCACCAAUCAGCUUAUAUUCUCGGCUCAAAUAGCCUGGGAGUUGAAGCAGAGUCCACAAAAAUCGAGCGUACACCGGCUGAACAGAAUAAUUUUUUCGCAAGCAGCAAUUAA